AUGGCACCCACUCCCACAGAACAGUCUCACACCGAUUUGACACUUUCACUUGACACUGACACGCAAAGCGAAACGGAUGUCAGGUCGACAGGUAUAUCAACCGUACACAUGGACGCCAAGAGCAGUACCAGUACAAGCACGGAGAGUAUGGGUGCGGGUACGGAGGGUAGUAAUAACGGCGGUAGCAACAAUGUCGAGGAGAAAGGCACUGAGGAAUCGGAGAUGUUUAAGGAGCAACAAUCUGGCGCUUCUAGUCCCAAAAAAAUUGAGCUGGACAGGCGCAUGGAUUCUCAAGGAAACAUUGUAC